CUUUUUUUUUUUGGAGUAAACUGAUAUCGCAGCUGUGAUUUCAUAUAGAAGGAGAAAGAAUUUGACUAAAAUUAAAACACCGAGUCGCUCAGGAAACUCAGGAAUCAUGUUGAAGUUCCAGAACUCGGACCUGUGGAUCGCCUGGAUGGUCUGUUUCUGCCUGGAGGGUUUAAGGUUCGAUCUCCACAAGGGAAAAGUGGGUGUCCAGGCGCUGGACGUGACAGUGUCCCAGAGCAGUGUCCAGGUGGCUCGUGGGAAGGCAGCCAUCUUGCCCUGCUCUUUCACCACCAGCGCCGCCCUCAACAACCUCAACAUCAUCUGGAUGGUGAUCCCACUGUCCAACGCCAACCAGCCAGAGCAGGUGAUAAUAUACCAGGGUGGCCAAGUGUUCGAACUUGCCAACCACCUGAGUGGUCGUGUGGGUUUUGUGGCCACUAUGCCGAGUAUAAGUGCCUCCAUUUUCAUCAACAACACCCAGCUGUCUGACACUGGGACCUACCAGUGCCUGGUCAACAACCUCCCAGACAGAGGGGGGCGCAACAUAGGUGUCAUUGGACUCACAGUGUUGGUGCCCCCAUCGGAACCAUCAUGUCAGAUCCAGGGAACACUAGAUGUGGGCAGUGACAUCAUGCUUCUCUGCGACUCUGACGAAGGUAUUCCAACACCAACCUACUCCUGGGAGAAAAUCAGCACACUGCCCAAGCUGCCACAAAAUGCCGUGCAAGACCAGAUGCAGGGCACGGUGUCACUGAGGAACAUCAGCACCAGCACCUCAGGACUCUACCGGUGUACCUCCAGUAACACCAUUGGCAAAAGCACAUGUUUGCUCAAUGUACAAGUUGUAGAACCCCAGCCCCAGAAUGUUGGUCUGAUCGCGGGCACCAUCACCACGGUGGUCCUGGUUUUUCUGAUCUUCUGCCUCUUGGGGAUGGUCACGCUCUUCUGUUGGAGAAACAAACACAAAUAUGAUGAGGAGGAGAUCCCCAAUGAGAUCAGGGAAGAUGACCUUCCUCCUAAGAGGUCAUCGUCAGUGAAGGCUUUCCAGGCAGAUGCAUCAUCGUCAGAGAACGACACGCUGACUUCCACCAACACAUACAACAGUCGCUACUGGCACAACCCCAAGGCCAACUACGACACCAACUCCUACACACGCUACAAUGGAGACACACGCCAGACCUUCACAGGUGCCGCCCAUGGUGCACAUGGACACGCCCAGGCCCAGAAGACAGGACAAGGACAAGGACAAGGACAAGGACAGGGACAAGGACAAGUACAGGGACAGGGACAGGGACAGGGACAGGGUACAGUGGCCACAGCGCCGGGUUCGACGCCACUGCCCCGACAUGCACCAACGGCGCCAGUGACGACGACAACAUUUGUCAACGGCAGCCACACACUCCCACCACCCAAGACUUUGGUCGUCACCACGAACUCUGCCCCCUCCCCUUCCACAAUGGUGCGCAGCAACGGCACCGUGAACCUCAAACCGGCAGUGUCGUCCGCACACGGGCAACACACGCACUCCUACGCCGUUAGCCAGGCGGCGUUGGAACGAAUGGGGGCGGUGCCCGUCAUGGUGCCCGCCCAGAGCAGAGCAGGGUCACUGGUGUAAAAGCUGUAACAAACACUGACCUCAGAAACAGCCCACUGCCCUUUACAACACGUUUCUUUCUCUAUAUUUCAAUAUUUCUAUCUGAAAAAAACCGGGGAUUUUUUUUAAAUGCACAGAGUCCUUUAAUGCUGACGUGUAGGAAGACGACCUCUUGUGGUCAUGGAAUAUAUCCAUCCCUUAUUGGAUGGACGGACCGCUUUGGUCACCGUGGGACUCACGUUGAACCACUGAGUCUUUGACAGCCUGGAUUUCUGAUCUCCUGCGAUUUUGGGCCGUGGUCAUGACUGUCUUUGGCCACAAGCUGUCACCAGGCUCAUCACCGUUUUUUCCAUCGGAAUGGAGUGAGCUGCGGUUCUUUACAUGCAUGUUUAAGGCUGACGAACGAGUUCUUUUCAAUAAUAAUAAUAAGUUCUUGUCAGCGGUCAAUUUGACUCACACCAAUGAAAGUGUUGAAAGUGAAUGUGUGUCAGAAACUAAAAAAUGAUGACGGUUGAAUGGCCUUAGGAGCUGAGGAAGUGAGUGAGGUUUUGAGUGCAAUACUAAACUAAUACACUUUACUUCAUCUAAUGCAAAAUUACCCUGUCGGUUUUUUUUUGUUUUUUGUUUUUUGUUUUGCACUUUUGAAAGCAAUUUUCCACACAGCCUCGUUGUAAUAAUCAGUCUUAAUUAUAUAUAAAAAUACUCACACCACAUGUUUCAUGUUGCUGCUUUCACCUGAUUUGAAUUUGAACCUGCAAACUGCUCGUGUUUCUUUUUUUCUUUUUUUUUUGCCGUGUUCAUCCUUACCGUUGUCCUACUCGGUUCAUGUCUCACCAGUGCCACUUUGACCAGACGUGGAUGAGGAGAUGGGAUUCAUUACCAGACACGUAUAUAAAGAAGGGUGGGAAUUGUUUUCCCCCCUCUGAAAAAAAAUGUAUUUUUCUCUACUGUACAUAUUGUAACUACAGCAGUAGUCUAGGGUGUGACUCUGAGAAGCACACGUGACAGUUUUGUCUUAUAACAUUAUACAACUCACAUGUCUUAAGUUCAAAAUGAUUCUCUCUCUUUUUUUAACAAAGUCAAGAUACAUUAGUUUGGUUCAAAGUUAAACUCCGAUUUCAAAGGGGUUAAGACAAAAGUGUAGCUUUUUUAACCAUUUUUUUCCUAUUGGAAAAAAACACGCUGUGUAUUAUUACUUUUGUGACAUUCAAAACUAGUUUUAACUGAUUGUUUUUAUGUCUUUACUUCUUUUUUAACAUUUGUACAUGUGUACAUUUGGACUAAGUUACCAAGGAAUGGUUAUAAAAAAUGUGUUCACUCAAUUUUCAGUAUUAAGAAUUUAACGGGAUCAGCUCACUCACUCUGAUGAAUUUAUACUAGCUAUAUGUAGUAAAAUGGGUUUUAUUAAAUUAUAUACAUCAGAACACAGGAAAAAAAACUUUGCAGUAAAUCUGGUUAUGCAGAUAUAUGAUAAAUUCAAUUCAUUUUUAAA